AUGCCAGGGGAAAUACAUCGUAAUAGCCCCGCGUUGGAUGAAAUCUUUUUGGAGACCAGACCUCAUGAACAGAGCCCUCAGCAGGCCGAUCAUGAUACAGAACCUUCAGGAAUCCCUUGUGGACCUGACGACAGGCCGGACGCUCCCGCAGGUCGACGACCUUGUCCUGGAAGCAUGGUUGAUUGGAGGUGGGACACCAUUCUCGACAACUGGACUCCUGAAGAAGCAUCUUUAUUGAUGAAUAGUUGGCGUGAUGGUUCUUCAAACACUGAGAACUCGGAAACCGAGUUCGCUGCUAUCGAUGUCAGUGCCCAAAGCAGGAAACGAAAACGUAACAUGUCAAAAUGGAAGCAAAAUGCUGCUAAGAUAGCUAAAAACACAGGAAAAGCUUAUACUUCUUGUUCUAAAACAAAAAGGGAAAUGCCAGCUCGUCGUGUGAAACCAGCGUGUCCUCAAAAGUGCAGACUGAAAUGCGCUGAAAAAAUUAAUGAACAACAGAGAACAGAGAUACAUCAAAGGUUCUGGACACAAGGUAACAUAAACAUUCAACGUUCGUAUAUUCGCUCCUGUAUGGUACCAGUCACUGCAAAAUAUAGAUACACAAAUGCAGAGAAACCCAGAGGCUGUAAUUCUGCGUUUUAUUUUACGGUUGACAAUAACAAAUUGCGUGUAUGUAAAACAUUUUUUAUUAAUACGUUAGAUAUUACUGACCGCAUGAUUCGGACGGUCAAAGAUAAAACCGAUGAGCAUGGUUUUGUGGAAGAUGACCGUCGUGGUAAACAUCGAAACCACAAAACUACGAGCAGCGAUUUAAUUCAGGAUAUGAUAGAUCACAUAAACUCAAUACCUCGAAUUGAAUCCCAUUACUUGAGAAUGCAAACUUCUCGCGAGUACAUCGAUGGAUCCAGAACUAUAGCCGAUAUCUACAGGGAUUUUCAAAAAAAAAACAAACAGAACAGAAUAAGCCGUGAUAACAAACACUUCUCACCCUACCUGGACAAGGCGAGGAAUGCACAAUGA